AUGGCAUCCAACGCCAGAUAUGAACCGGCUCCUCAGCGGGACUCCCUAGAUGAGCCCUCUUACUCCCAGGCCCCGCCCUCCUACCAGGCAACAGCGGAGCCCGCGCCUCGCACCGAAGGCGACAACCUGCCCGAUGACUUCAAGUUUGGAGGCACGGUGGCGGAGGGAACUAUUGACAUUCGAAUGCAGUUUGUUCGCAAGGUCUACUCCAUCCUAACCGCUCAGCUUCUCCUCACCACCAUCCUCAGCUCGAUCUCCUUCCUGAGCCAGUCAUACCGCGACUGGAUCAGAGCGAACACCUGGCUGAUGAUAAUCUCCGUCUUCGGCGCACUGGGCUUCAUGCUUGCAACCUUCUGGAAGCGCAAGUCGUACCCCGCCAACCUGCUGUUCCUAUCCGGAUUUACCCUUCUCGAGGCAUAUUCCAUCAGCGUGGUCGUGUCCUUUUACGAGGUCAGAGUCGUCGUGCAAGCGCUCAUCCUUACUUUGGGAAUAUUCGUCGCCUUGACCCUAUUCGCCUGCCAGACUAAAUAUGACUUCACCGAUUGGAUGCCCUACCUUUUCGGCGCGUUGUGGUUCAUGAUUCUUUUCGGAUUCGUGGCCAUGUUCGUCCCAUUCGGCAGCACCGUCGAGAUCAUCUAUGGUGUCCUUGGCGCGCUGAUCUUCUCAGGCUAUAUCCUUGUUGAUACGCAGCUUGUUAUGCGACACUACCAUGUCGAGGAGGAGAUUGCUGCUUCGAUCUCGCUUUAUCUCGACGUGCUCAACUUGUUCAUGUCGAUUCUGCGCAUCCUGAACGGCGCCAACAACAAUAACUAA